AAGUGCUAUGACCUGUUCCUGUUUUCUGAGAGAGGGGGCGCACUAAUAUUGUGAAAGCGUUGUUACUGCUGGUGGCUGUACUGAAGAAGUGUUCGAGUAAAGACGAGUGUCACAGUUACGUUGUCUCUGUAGUUAUUAAGCUAACAUUGGUAGCAGAGGAUGGCCGCUGGCAAUUACAAAGUUCCACCACCGUUUGACGAGAAGAAGUCGUACGAAAGCUGGAAAAAUGAGGUUGAAAUUUGGAGGCUAGUUACCGACUUGGAGAAGAAGAAGCAGGCAUUGGCAGUCGCCUUGUCGCUAACAGGAAGAGCGAGGGAUUGCGUGCUGGAAAUAGCCGCGGGAGACCUGAAUAAGGAUGAUGGAAUGACUAAACUUUUGACAAAAUUAGACUCUGUGUUCCUAAAAGAGGAGAAAGAUCGCCAGUACGAGGCAUACACGGACUUUGACCGGAUAACAAGGGAAAAGGGCGCUCCGAUGGCGGAUUACAUCGUUGAAUUUGAACGUCGAUACAACAGACUCAGUAAGUUCAACAUGCAGCUUCCAGAUGCAGUUUUAGCUUUCAAGCUACUUGACACAGCGGGACUUAGCGUUAAAGACAAACAGCUGGCGCUUACCGCUUGUGCAGACCUCUCAUUCGAUUACAUGAAGUCAGCUUUGAAAAGAAUCUUCGGCGAUAACGCACCACAAGAGGGCGCCAGUGAACAACGCAUGAGUGGAGAUGCUGACUCUGCAUACUACACAAGAUUUACCGGCAAAAGAGAGAGUAAACAAAGUCAACAAGGGACCGUGCAGGGCACAAACCCACUCGACAGAUAUGGGAGGCGAACUAGAUGUGCAGUCUGCCAAAGCACUUAUCACUGGGCAAAAGAUUGUCCACAUAAAAAUGAACAGGUCAAGCUGACAGAAGAUGAGCGGAUGACAAAUGUUGUUGAAGAAUGUAAUAUUACUUUGUUGUCCAAAGACUCAUUAUCAGACACAGAAAUCUUCAUGGUAGAGUCCUUAGGGUCAGCUGUAAUUGAUACAGCCUGCACCAGAACUGUGUGUGGAGAAAAAUGGCUGAAUGACUACCUCAACGGACUAAAACCGAGUGACUUACAAAAAAUUCAGGACACAAAGAGUGCACGGUCGUUCAAGUUUGGGGAUGGGAGAGUUGUGUAUUCCACAAAGAAAGUGUCAAUCCCAGCUGUGAUAGGACAGACCAAAUGUAAAAUAGAAACAGAAGUUGUCCCAGUUGAUAUCCCAUUGCUUUUGAGCAAAACUUCUCUAAAAAGAGCAAGUGCAGUUUUGGACAUUGAAAAUGAUAAAGCCACAAUGUUCAAGCAACCAGUCAAACUGGAACUAACAUCUUCAGGACAUUAUUGUGUAAAGAUAAAAGAUGUCAAGUUGGAUGAAAGCGAGACCUCAGAGGAGAAUGAAGUCCUGACAGUGACAGAAAACAUGACAACACAGGACAAAAAGAGAGUUUUGUUAAAGUUGCACAAGCAAUUUGGACAUGCCUCAGCUGACAGACUUCAGAAACUAUUGGCCUGCUCAGGUAAUACUGAUGAUGAAUGCAGCACCAUUCUCAAAGACAUUGUAAAAAACUGUGAAACAUGCAUCAGACACAGUAAACCACAGACAAAGCCAGCGGUAGGUUUGCCAAUGGCCUCCACCUAUAACGAAACUGUAGCUAUGGACUUGCAUGAACUUGAGCCAGGACUAUGGUAUCUGCAUGUUAUUGACCAUUUUACACGUUUCAGUGCAGGAAGCAUUGUCACCUCCAAGAAGCCCAGAGAGAUUUCAACACCUCGGAGAAGAUAGCAAUCUUAAGCUUGUGGUGUUCAGUGAUUCCUCGCUGGGAAACCUUCCUGAUGGAGGGACCCAAGGCGGACAUCUCAUUAU